GAUAUCCCAGGAACUCUUAGAAGGCUUUAAAAAGGGACUCACACACUGAAAGAAUAUCUUUGAUGAGGACAGUUCAGGCGAGCAGAAUGAUUAUGGCAAAAGAAUGAUGUGAUUCAUUGAUCUUGAAGUGGGUCCGGAGCAUCCUUGCCACCUAACUUAUCAUGGUUUGGGGUAUUUUGACGAGAAUCCAGUUUUGAUAAAGACAAUUGUUUUUUCCUCCCCAAGUGACUAUACAUUUAAAUCGCUAAAACAUCUGUUCAGCAACCUAGUAAAACAUGUAUACUCGGAACGCCUGAGAGAAGAGGCUGCCAAACAAUUGGUUGAGAGGGACUUUGCUGGGGGGAGAGCACCAAGAUAAAGCAACCGCUGUUUGUUUUGUCUGGUCAGGGGGAAAGCCAAGGCAACCAAUAUUUUGGGUUUCUUUUCUUUCAUUUGUGAAGAACUAUUUGAGAAGGGGUGGCGAGAGGACAUUUCCUGACGGGAUCUUUUUUAACCUGUCUAUUAGUAGAAGAGCACGAGAACCUUGGAUGUCAACACCUAACAGGCUCUUGAGACCAGCCACCAAACCACAGAAAGCAACUUUCUUCUUGCCUGGCCUCUACAUCUCUCUUGAUGGAGGCAGAAACGGGGAGCAGCAUGGAGAGUGGAAAGACGGCCAACAGAGGUACUCAAAUCGCCCUGAUCGUGUUCGUCGGUGGCACCCUGGUGCUGGGCACGGUCCUCUUUCUGGUGAGUCAAGGUUUCUUAAGUCUCCAAGCUAAACCGGAGUACUGCCUGAAGCCAGAAUGCAUUGAAGCUGCUGCUUCCAUCUUGAGUAAAGUAAAUCUGUCUGUGGACCCUUGUGAUAAUUUCUUCCGGUUUGCUUGUGAUGGCUGGAUAAACAGUAAUCCAAUUCCUGAAGAUAUGCCAAGCUAUGGGAUUUAUCCUUGGCUGAGACGUAAUGUCGACCUCAAGUUGAAGGUGCUUUUGGAGAAAUCAGUCAGUAGAAGGAGGGACACUGAAGCCAUACAGAAAGCCAAAAUCCUUUAUUCAUCUUGCAUGAAUGAGAAAGCGAUUGAAAAAGCAGAUGCCAAGCCACUGCUACAUAUCCUGCGGCACUCACCUUUCCGCUGGCCUGUGCUUGAAUCUAAUAUUGGUCCUGAAGGGGUUUGGUCAGAGAGAAAGUUCAGCCUCCUGCAGACGCUUGCAACGUUUCGUGGCCAGUACAGUAAUUCUGUGUUCAUCCGUUUGUAUGUGUCUUCUGAUGACAAGGUGUCCAGCAAACACAUCUUGAAGCUGGACCAAGCAGCUCUCUCUCUAGCCGUGAGGGAAGACUACCUUGAUAAUAGCACAGAAGCCAAGUCUUAUCGGGAUGCCCUUUACAAGUUCAUGGUGGAUACUGCCGUGCUUUUGGGAGCUAAUAGUUCCCGAGCAGAGCAUGACAUGAAGUCGGUGCUUAGAUUGGAAAUUAAGAUAGCUGAGAUAAUGAUUCCACAUGAAAACCGAACCAGUGAGGCCAUGUACAACAAAAUGAACAUUUCCCAGCUGAGCGCUAUGAUCCCCCAGUUUGACUGGCUGGGCUACAUCAAGAAGGUCAUCGAUACCAGACUCUACCCUGAGCUAAAGGACAUUGGCCCCUCAGAGAACGUGGUGGUCCGUGUCCCUCAGUACUUUAAGGAUUUGUUUAGGAUAUUAAGCUCUGAGAGGAAGAAGACCAUUGCCAACUAUUUGGUGUGGAGGAUGGUUUAUUCCAGAAUUCCAAACCUUAGCAGGCGCUUUCAGUAUAGGUGGCUGGAAUUCUCACGGGUAAUCCAGGGGACCACAACUUUGUUGCCUCAGUGGGACAAAUGUGUAAACUUUAUUGAAAGUACCCUCCCUUAUGUUGUUGGAAAAAUGUUUGUGGAUGUACACUUCCAGGAAGACAAGAAGGAGAUGAUGGAGGAAUUGAUUGAGGGUGUUCGAUGGGCCUUUGUUGACAUGCUGGAGAAAGAAAAUGAGUGGAUGGAUGCAGGGACAAAAUGGAAAGCCAAAGAAAAGGCAAGAGCUGUUUUGGCAAAAGUUGGUUAUCCUGAGUUUAUAAUGAAUGAUACUCAUAUUAAUGAAGACCUCAAGGCAAUCAAGUUUUCAGAAUCUGACUACUUUGGCAACGUCCUCCAAACCCGCAAGUAUUUAGCACAGACUGAUUUCUUCUGGCUGAGAAAACCUGUUCCAAAAACAGAGUGGUUUACAAAUCCAACAACCGUCAAUGCCUUCUACAGUGCAUCCACCAACCAGAUCCGAUUUCCAGCAGGAGAGCUCCAGAAGCCUUUCUUUUGGGGAACAGAGUAUCCUCGAUCUCUGAGUUAUGGCGCUAUAGGAGUAAUUGUUGGACAUGAAUUUACACAUGGAUUUGAUAAUAAUGGUAGAAAAUAUGAUAAAAAUGGAAACCUGGAUCCUUGGUGGUCUGUUGACUCAGAAGAAAAGUUUAAGGAAAAAACAAAGUGCAUGAUUACCCAGUAUAGCAACUAUUAUUGGAAGAAAGCUGGCUUAAAUGUGAAGGGGAAGAGGACUCUGGGAGAAAAUAUUGCCGAUAAUGGAGGUCUGCGGCAAGCUUUUAGGGCUUAUAGGAAAUGGAUAAAUGACAAGAGGCAAGGAGUUGAAGAGCCUCUCCUACCCGGCAUCGAAUUCACCAACAACCAGCUCUUCUUCCUGAGUUACGCUCAAGUGAGGUGCAAUUCCUACAGACCAGAAGCUGCCCGAGAACAAAUCCAAGUUGGUGCUCACAGCCCUCCUCAGUUUAGGGUCAAUGGUGCAGUUAGCAACUUUGAAGAAUUCCAGAAAGCUUUUAACUGUCCAUCCAAUUCCACGAUGAACAGAGGCACAGACUCCUGCCGACUCUGGUAGCUGGACUGCUGGUUUAUGCCAUCCUGAGAGAGCUGUACAGUGCCAGCAGAGGCAGCUCCGAGCACUCAUCACCUACUGCUUUAGGCCUAUGUCCCCCCGAGGAUGUUUAUUUUUCAUGCAUCUUUAUUAUUUGGGUAUUGCUUAGAUCUAAAUAAUAUCUAUUCAACGUUGUAAGGCUUAAAAAAUGGAAUAUGAAAAGUGAACCAAGUAUGUUUCUUUAGAAAACCAAACCAACACAAAUAAAUCCCUAGGCUACUUUGUUAAAACACUAUCUGCUGAAUUGUAGUUAUUGUCCAUUUUAGUAUGUAAGCCACAGCUAAGUGGUAUGGACCAUUUUAAUCUAUUGCUUUGCAGGGGCCCUAAGUAGAAUGUAUCCAGAAAAAAAUUCAGUCUAUUAAACUUGUAACCCUCAGUUAAGUAGACAUGGGCAUGGAUAUCUGGGAGGUCUGUGGAAUGCAGUGCUAGAUUUCAUAGAUCGUUGUAGCAUAGCAUUGAUUAACUGUAAGGUAGUUAAGUUGGAAAUAUGUUGAAUCUUCAUUUUACAAUUUUUGAUGAAGUUCUUGCCUUCAGCUUUGGAGUCUAUGGGGGAUGAAUACGUGCCUCACAGCUUGUAUCUGAUGUAGCCCAUCACCCUGUUCAAAUCUGCAUGAAGAAAGUGGGCAGAAGGCCAAGGUUUGAGUUUAUCAAAUAGAAAGAAGAGGGUAUAUCGUUAAGUGCCAGAAGAAGCCAGAACUCUUAGCCUCGCAACAGCAGGGACAUGAGAAGGAGGUGAAACCUCCAAAAUCCAAACCUGGGUGGUGAUGUCCGAGUGACAGACACUUCUCUGUUUGUCUUCUUAUCCUCAUAUAUGUGCAUUCUCCUGUUACUGAGAAAAUGAUUUUCAGAUUCCCCAUUAGGAGCGUGUGGCUUU